CUGGCAGCGGCGCAGGGAGGGCACACGAGCCUGCGGAGGACAUGGACGAGAAGAACCGGACGGAGACCUGGCACGAAAGCCUGCAGGCAGUGCUGAAUGCCUUAAACCAGACCCUGCACGGGGCCAUCCCCUGUCCCGGCCAGGCCCCGGGCAGCGCGGCGGGGGCCACGCGCAGUGACCGCGCCGGCCACGCCGGCCGCAAUGACAACGCCUACAUGUACAUCCUGUUCGUCAUGACGCUCUUCGCAGCCACCGUGGGCAGCCUCAUCCUGGGCUACACCCGCUCCCGCAAGGUGGACAAGCGCAGCGACCCCUACCACGUCUACAUCAAGAACAGGGUCUCCAUGAUCUGAGCCCGGCCCGCGCCUUGUCCCCGGGGAGCCGCUGGGCUUGGGGUCACCUUGCUCUGCACACCCCGCUCGCUGUGGGGUGUGACAGUGCUGCUGGCCUCAAAGCUGCUGAGAACCCCCCAAAGCUGCUGAGAACCUCCCAAAGCUGCUGGGAACCCUCACCAUGGAGAAGCUCAGUCCUGGUGGAGCAGCACCGGGAUGUCCUGGCUGGCAGGAACUGGAAGAAUGUGACCUACAAGCAGGUCCUGUUCCUGCAGACCCACCUUGGCUGCACUGUGGGCAUGAGGAUGGAAGAGGCAGCUCUUUUCCCACCGUGGCCUGCAGGGGCUGGCAGGAGCUUUCAAGGAGAAUAUUUCCCUAUUUCCCUCCUCAGAUCAGCCAGCGUUGACCUCCCUGGGCUCCCAGCAGCUGUGACAGUGGUUAGCGGGUUUUUCUGGUGCCAAAACCCUGUAAUGUCUGAGCUGGGCUGGGCCCUGCUUUUCUGGCAGGGAAUUAAAGGAGGUGGUGGGUUCCAGGGGA